GGUUACUUAAGCGGGUACAAGCGGUACCUAAGAAUAGGUGGGAGUUGUCAGCAUUCCAAAGUAUCCCCAGUGACCAAGUCUCCACUUGGCCCGGAAACGUGAAACUGUCCCUGGAACCGUUCCACCUUCACCGUCCACCUCAUCACUUUUCUUGUUAACUUUAUUCUUCGUGAUUCCGUUUCCCCUUCUUGCCAGUAAUGGUUUGUUAGCGGUUUUGAAUCCAUUGCUGUUGUGUUACAGAAUCACAGUCAACCAUGGCCGCAUCGAAACCAGCGGUCACAGCGGCCUCAUCCACCGCGUCCCGCAAGGACACCGUUCUGUCUCGACGCUGGAUUGAGGGUCAGAUUGCCCAAGGCAAACAUGUUAUUAUUUUCGAGGGUCGUGUGCUCAGGGUAGACUCAUGGAUUCCAUUCCACCCCGGAGGAGACAAGUCGAUCAAGCAUAUGGUCGGGAGAGAUGGUACAGAUGAAAUCAAUGCAUUGCAUUCAAAAGAAGCUCGUCAGCGCAUGCUCUCCUACCAGAUCGGUCGCAUUGAAGGCCUUUGGGUCAACUUCCUCCCUCCCAUCCAAGGCGGCAAGUUUCGCCCUUACUCCGAGGAUGCCCAUUCGGUAGAAGACGAGAGCUCUGGCCAGGAGACAUCGGUCCCACCAUCUCCGGUCUUUGACGCGGUCGAUGCGACGUCGAAUCUGCGUCGACGCAAGUCCAUGUCCACCGAUACCACGGUAUCCACCCCUGAUACCCAAGAGUCCGAGGCUAAGCCGUUCUUCCUCGAUGCUCGGACGCGAGAGGAGAUUGUCUUCGACACGGCGAAAUACCCGUCUCUCGACACGGACAGCCAGGAAAAUAUCAAGAGGAAAUACCGCGAAUUGGACCAACGGAUCCGCGACGAAGGUCUCUACCAAUGCAACUACUUCUCCUACUUCAUCGAAUGCUGCCGCUACACGCUGUUCGCCGGGCUGGCCUACAUGUUCCUGCGCAUGGGCUGGUGGGGGACAUCAGGGUUCUUUUUGGGUUGUUUCUGGCACCAACUCGUCUUCGCCGCUCAUGAUGCUGGUCACAUGGGCAUCACCCACCAUUUCCACGUGGACAGCGUGGUCGGUAUCAUCAUUGCCGAUUUCCUGGGCGGUUUGAGUCUAGGCUGGUGGAAGCGAAACCACAACGUGCACCACAUCGUCACCAACGCUCCCGAGCAUGACCCCGAUAUUGAACACAUGCCCUUCUUCGCCAUCUCCCACCGCUUCCUGAACAGUCUCCGCAGCACCUACUACGACCGGGUUUUAACCUUUGACGCCCCAUCCCAAUUUCUACUCAAAUUCCAGAACUACCUCUACUACCCGAUCCUCCUCUUCGGCCGAUUCAACCUCUACCGCCUGAGCUUCGAGUAUCUCUUUUGCGGCCAGGCGCCCAAGAAAGGGCCCGCCUGGUGGCACCGCUGGCUGGAGAUCAGCGGCCAGGCAUUCUUCUGGACCUGGUUCGGCUACGGCGUGGUGUACUGCACGAUCCCAGACUGGCAAAGCCGUCUCACCUUCAUCAUGAUCUCGCACAUGGUCACCGCGCCGCUGCACGUGCAAAUCACGCUCUCCCACUUCGCCAUGUCCACCGCAGACCUUGGCGUCCACGAGUCCUUCCCGCAGAAGAUGCUCCGCACCACCAUGGACGUCGACUGCCCGACCUGGCUCGACUUCUUCCACGGCGGCCUACAGUUCCAGGCCAUCCACCAUCUGUACCCGCGCAUCCCGCGCCAUAACCUGCGUAGCACCCAGAAACUGGUCCUCGAGUUCUGCCAGGAAACCAACAUUCCUUAUGCUAUCUUCACCUUUUACGACGGCAACAAGGAAGUCAUUGGCCGGCUGGGCGAGGUGGCGAAGCAGGUUCGCAUCUUGGAGGAGUGUCGCAAGUCGUGUGCGCAGCAGGGCGUUUUCUCAGAUCACCACUAGCGGCUGUUUUUAGCGUGGGGGUGCUAGAUUUUUAUAGGUAGACAGAUACUGCGUUGAUAUACACAGCCGACAUGAUAUAGACUUGACUAGUCGAGCUGCUAUGAACUGAAAUGUCAGACAAUGUUACGAGAUCCAACCAUCUUAAUCAAGAGCUUUUCAAU